CGUACGACUUAAUAUCUUAAGUGGUCACAAGGCUCGAAGUUUUGAACUGUCAAACUACUCAAAUGUUACUGUAGGAACAAGAAAUCACCAUGGAUUCUAAUAUACAGUACGAUAUGCCACUGGAUCCAGAUUUAGUGUUCGGGAAGAAAAAAAAAUCAGUGGGAUUACGAAAUGUGUUCUUUGGAAUAUUAUUUGCCUCUACCAUUGGAGUAGCAGUGGGACUGGUUGUAUAUUAUUUCGUGGGUUAUCAACACAGCAAAAGUGAUGACACCCCAAAACCUGUACAUGCGGCUCCAGUGUGUCAGGAUCAGUGUGUACUGUCAUUGGUGGAGAGCAUACCUGUUGGUUUAACAUAUAAAGCCGGCUCCCCAUCACAUCCAUCAACUUUCUCAGGGUUAAUGAACUUGAUGGAAGCUGCAACAAAAAGCAUAGAGAUUGCUUCGUUUUACUGGACUCUGAAUGGCUCAGACAUAGCUUUCCAUGACAAUUCCUCUUGGGAGGGAGAAACAGUGUUAAAGACUCUGGCUAAAGCAGGCCAUGACAGAAAGAUUCCAAUUAAAAUUGCUCAAAAUGAACCUAAUGGAGUUAAUGCCAACACCGAUUAUCUUGCAAAAUAUGCUGGUGCACAAGUAAGAACUUUGAACUUCAAGAAGUGGUUUGGCUCUGGAAUUUUGCACACCAAAAUGUGGCUGAUUGAUAGACAGCAUUUCUACGUAGGCAGUGCCAACCUCGAUUGGAGAUCACUUACCCAGGUCAAAGAGCUGGGAGCUGUUGUAUACAACUGCAGCUGUCUGGCCAAAGACAUGGGGAAGAUUUUUGAUGUGUACUGGAUGUUAGGGGCUCCCAAUGCUACCAUUCCCCAAAACUGGCCACCCAAUUUAUCCACUGGAAUCAAUGACAAUACCAGUAUGGUGAUAAAAUUCAAUGAUUCCCAGGCAACCACUUAUCUAUCAAGCUCUCCUCCCGAGUUAUGCCCAGAAGGGAGAACCAUUGAUGUAGAUGCCAUUGUCAAUGUUAUAGACAGUGCAGAGAAGUUUGUCUAUGUGGCAGUCAUGGAUUAUUUUCCAACAACUCAGUUUCCAAAGAGUGGGGAACAUAGAAGAUAUUGGCCAGUAAUUGACGAUGCAUUGAGAAGAGCGGCCUUUGAUAGAAGAGUCAACGUGUCAUUGCUGAUCAGUUACUGGAAUCAUACCUGGGAGGAUAUGCCAAAGUACCUCAAGUCCCUGGCUGAGAUGAGGUUUAACGGUUACCCUAAGAUAAAUAUAAAUGUGAAAAUAUUUGAGGUUCCAGCCUUCACUGAAGAUCAGAAGAAGAUCCCUUUUGCUCGCGUCAAUCAUAAUAAGUACAUGGUGACUGAUAAAACUGCUUUUAUAGGUACGUCGAACUGGUCGGCAGAUUACUUCAUCGACACGGGUGGAAUAGGGUUGAUCGUCAAUCAGAAUAAAACUCAAGCAGAUGUCAGGCAGCAGGUGGAGGACAUUUUCCUGAGAGACUGGAACUCAAACUAUUCCACCAAUAUCUGGGACUUCCCCUUUAAACGUCACUAUAAGAAUGAUUAUCAUAGUGAACUGUAGACGAUUUAUUUUUGGGCAAUUAAGGAUGACAGAUGGCUUUGUGCAUACUUUUGCUCAGGUAGUUUAACCUGAAAUUCAGGGUCAUUAUCAUUUUAAGUUGAACUUCGAUAUUUUGAACACCAAUAUCUUAGAUACCAUCAAUAGAAAAUGAUGUAAAAAAUAAUUAUUUAUGUAAUGGCCUAUGCAAAAUAUUUAAUCCAAGUUAUAAUUUUCCUAAUAUUAAUUCUGAAUUAUCAUUAAUAACACUUAAGAUCAGAUGUGACCUACCUGUAUCUUCCAUUUUUUUCUAAUUUUUUUUUAUAAUCACUAGGUAAAUCCAUAAUUAUAUUUUCAUGUUAUAUGACAUUUACUAGUAGAUAUAAUGGGUUCGAUAAAGAAUAUAUACUAUGACUUAAUUUAUAAGCAUUCAACUGCAUUUUGCAUGCUGUUUAAGGGAAAAUUCUAAAUAUUCUAUCUCCAAAAAUAGCUGGUAAUGUACCCUGAAUUUUAGGGAAUUAACAGGUUUAAAUGUUGAUAGAUAAUUAAUAAUAUAUCAAGGAAAAUUAUAUAAAAUUUAGGAAAGUUUUGUGUGUCCUUAAUACAAGUUUUGUACGAUUUUUAUAAAAAUCCAAUGUUGAAAUAGAUCCAGUCUUUCGUCCUAGGUUUGAUUACUGUUGAUUUUCCAGUUUGAGAAAGCUGCUAUCUGAAAGAAAAUAAACUGAUGUCUGUCAAACUUUUCCUGUAUAAAAAUUGAAAAUAUUCAUUAUGCAAAAUGACCCCCCCCCCCCAAAAUGACCUUAAAAAAUUGGGAUAUAGUGCAAUACAGCUUUGAGGCAUUUUGAAGGAUUAAGAUGAAAGUGCCUUUUUUUCCAUUCAGUAAUACACCAAUUCUUGGAAAACUUAGAUUCUCUUAUUCUUCCCUUGUUUACAUUCCUUUAUUAAUGUCUCAUUAAUGUAUAUAUACAUAUAUAAAUGUAAAGGUUCAUUAAUAUGUAUUAAGCAAAAUUAAAUGGGCAUUGUCACAAUUUGGUAAAAUUUUAUUUUCUAUUCAUAUUGUUUACAAUGCUUUAGUAAUGCAUUUCUAAAGAUCAACCAAAAUUGAGUGUCAAUUGUAGAUAUAUAAGCAAGAUACAGAGUUCAAUUCUUUGUUAUGAAAAUAUUUAAAACAGAGAAAUAAAUUGUGAUUGACCAAAAUCGUGACCAUGCCUCUUAAUUUGAAAGAUGAUCCACAAAAUGUAAACUAGUCACUUAUUAAUUUCAUUAAGUAUUACUUAUACAUGUAUAUUUCACUUACACUGUUAAAGACUAUGAAAAGUCAAUGACAUUUUAUAACCGUUGUCACCUUCUGUAGAAUUUAUUAGACUAGUAUAAUUCUUGAUGUAAAGCUGUAUGUAUUAACCUUAUCAUUAUUGGACUUAGAAACCAUGUGUGCCAACUAUGUCAAACAAACAAUCUGUAUGCUUUCUGACCUGUAUACAUUUUUUUUAUCACAUUAGAAAAAAGCACAUUUUUUUAUCAUAUUUAUAGCGACUGCAUACUGUAAAUGCUUGAACGUGUUUGUAAAGAUGUGGAAAUCGAUUUGUAUAAAGAUUGAUAGAGUCUAUGUUAUUCACUCCAGAACAAUUACUUUUACUGAGUGAUCCAUCAAAGAACUAUACCACUAUUCCCAAUACACACAAUCAAUCAAAUAUUUAUUUUCUCUCCUCUGUUUCUUGUCUGUGAUUGAUUUGGAUGUGAUUGUAAAUGUUACAUGUUUCAAAACAGAAAAGUACAGUUUCAUUAAGGUGGAAUAACACAUCAUCACUAAAUGGCUGGCCUCUGAUCAAAGCGACAUUUCGUUUUAUUAAAAGGAUUUUAUCGACAAGAACAUUUGAUUUACUCCAUAGCGGAGUUGAUAAAGUGCCGGGCUUGUGAUCUGUACAUCCCGAGUUCAAAUACUGCAGGGGCUUUUGUUUUUAGUUACUGAAGUGAAUUUUUUAGAUAUUCAUUUUUUAUCCCCAAAAUGUAAUUUUUCGCUAAAUUGACGUGUACAGUUUAUUUAUCAUUAUAUAUUUCAUAAUCAAAUAAUUUACUGUUGAUUUAAGUAAUUUCCAGAUGUGUCAUUCCACACCAAAGAUUCACGCUAUAACCUGUUUCAGUCGGGGUUUUUUCCAGUAUCAUUUCACUGUUUGAUCCCACAGGUACCGUUAAGCAGUGCUCAUCUCAUUGGAUGACAACGUUUUGUAAUUAACACAAACCAAAACAAACUAAUAAAAACAAGAAUUUUCAAGUA